UUCACCCUCAUUCACCUUCAUUCACCCUCAUUCACCUUCAUUCACCCUCAUUCACCUUCAUUCACCCUCAUUCACCCUAAUUCACCUUCAUUCACCUUCACACCUUCAUUCACAUUCAUACACCUUCAUUCACAUUCAUACACCUCCAUUCACCUUCAUACACCUCCAUUCACCUUCAUACACCUCCAUUCACCUAUCUACACCUCUAUUCAUCUUCAUACACUUUCAUACACCAUCGUUCACCUUCAUACACCAUCAUUCACCCUCAUUCACCUUCAUUCACCCUCAUUCACCAUCAUUCACCCUCAUUCACUCUCAUUCACCAUCAUUCAUCCUCAUUUAUACACCUUCAUUCACCAUCAUUCACCCUCAUUCACCUUCAUUUACCAUCAUUCACAAUCAUUCACCCUCAUGCACGUUCCUACACCACUAUUCACCCUCAUUCACCUUCAUACACCAUCAUUCACCAUCAUUCAACCUCAUUCGCCCUCAUUCACCCUCAUGCACCUUCAUACACCAUUAAUCACCCUCAUUCACUUUCAUUUACUAUCAUUCACCUUCAUACACUAUCAUUCACCAUCAUUCACCCUCAUGCACCUGCAUACACCCUCAUUCAUCUUCAUUCACCCCCGUUCGCGUUCAUACACUAUCAUUCACUAUCAUUCACCCUCAUGCAUCAUCAGUCACUCUCAUUCACCCUCAUGCAUCAUCAGUCACUCUCAUUCACCGUCAGUCACCUUCAUAAACCAUCAUUCAGCCUCAUUCACCUUCAUUCACCCUCAUUCACCAUCAUUUAGCCUCAUUCACUCUCAAGUACAAUGUUGUAAUACAUUUGCAAACUUCUGUAACGUUUACACUGUAGCCCGAGAGAAUUACAUGCAGUGGGAAUGUUUUAUGAGAACUACAUAUUGAGCUAAGUCACCCACCCCUGUAAGAAGGCCAGCUGUAUCGCGAACAAGUGCACUUAUGUCCAGGAUUGAGUGUACUUACAAAAUUAAUAAUAUACAUGAAGAAAUUAAACGAUUCUGAUUGGCUGAGAGCAGAGCAGUUCAAGCGUAACACGAAUGCAAAAAGUGCAACACCAGUGCAAAUUACACAUCGUGAUUUUGGAUUAUGAUUGACUGAAAGACAAUAGAAUUGUUGUUUACAGUCUAUCGAACUUUAUCUCUGGCAAUCUUUGUUAACCUUUCCUUUGUGUACUUUUGCAGUGAAAAAGCUGGUUCACCGCGUUAAAUGGACAGGAUAAACCUUCAGAAACGCAAGGUACAGGAAACCUGAAAAAUAACAGUUUAAUAAGAUAGAAAAAGACCAAAGACAUAGUUAUAAACCAUAUGUUGUAAAUAAGUUAGGGACUGGAGCUGGUUUGACCUGCGAGGUCUGAGUCGAGUCUCGUGAUUGACACUUGAAAAACGUGUGCA